CCGGAACCAAGAAGAUAUCAGAUCUCGUUUCGACAAGGAAUCAUCGAUCAUGAGUGCUUUCUGCAAUCAUUCUCAGCCGAAAGGUGGAUGCAAGGAUAGAGAUGAAGACCUCCUUCUGUUCCGGGAGCUGCAUAGGCGCGACAACAUCAGCCUUCUUCAGCCCGUUUCCAAUGAAUUUGAGCCCAACUAUGCCGGGAGUAUUCCAAUCUACAGAAUUGCUUCAGCCAAGAAGAGUUCUGAUAAUGAAUUCCUGGCCGAUAACGACAAGAAUGACUACAACUGGUUGAAAACUCCACCUGCGACUCCUCUGUUUCCGUCUCUAGAGAUGGAACCGGGCACUGCAGAAGUUGUGUUACAGCGUGAACUGCCGAUUAUCCAGCCUCUUUCCAGGUUUGCCGGAAACUCCAAGGAAACGAACCAAAAGUCUCUUCAGACCAAAGCUAAGGUCCCUCCACGAUCAGUGGCCCCGAGUCAGAGGUCGAGCUCUUUACUGGUUGGUUUCAGAAGCAAUAAAUUGGUGCCACCAUUAGGCGGGAUGACUCGGUUGAAUGAAGAACGGGGUAGAAGAGCUAAUGCAACUCCCAGUUACAAUAAGGUUCCCACUUCCAACAAUCCCAAAGUCAUUGGAACAGACUCUGAUUCCAAAGCGAAGCCAAGAAUUAGGGGCGUGUCACCUUUAGUGAGAUCGUCGGUUCCAUCUCAGUUUCCUGGAUUCUCCAAUGAAACACCUCCUAAUCUGAGGAAAGAUCGUGCAACUUCUGCUUCCCGAGGUCGACCUGCCACCAAUUCCAAGUCCGAGACCGAAGCACGACCUGUAAAUCCGAGGAGGCAAUCAUGCUCACCUAGUGUGACAAGGGGUCGGAAAGAGCCAUCCCGAGCAAGUGAAGCCAACACAUCCUCCUCCUCCACCAAGGCCAAAUCAGCCCAAAUAGGAGUAAAUGGGUCGCUGAUUUUAGGAAGUCGGAUGGUGGAGAAAAUGAUGAAUGCUCGGAAAUUGGGAGCCGAUCCAAAACCAGCACCUGGCCCGCCGAAUGCCUCCGGCCUUGGAAGGAUGAUAAAAAAUAUGGAUGCCAAACGUGACCGGAUCAUCAGCACCCAUCAUCUCGGCACCAUGGCUUCAAGGAGCACCCCGCGUGGUGACCUAACCAAGUAACUGUUUUGUGUACAAGUAGAAUGGACUUCCCUUGACAGCACACUUUAGGAAAAGCCGAAAAGAAAGAAGGUGAAAAGAAAAAAGGACUGGAUGACCAGUUAAUUGAACUUGCAGGUGAGAAGAACGAUCAAAGUUUUUCCAGAAAAGAUUCAUCUGGGUUAGACUCACCACCCAAUGGUUCGGAAAGGAUAAUAUUGAUCGAUGAUUUCGGAUUGAACUUUCUUGCUCUUGAGAGCAUUGUUAGCAA